UAAUCCUAUUUGAAAAAUAGAGGAGUUUCAAUAGCACGGAGGAGACUCCAUUUCCCUCGCAAGCGCUCAAUUCAAAUUCUCUUUUCCACAAAAGAAAAGAUAGAUUUCACAAUAGGGUUCUUCUCUAAUUCAAAUUCAAAUUUCUGAUUCUCCGAUCCUCUCCACCAACGGGGGAAUGGAGAAGCUUUAUGAAGAGCUGGAUGAGGUCAAAGUAGAGGCAGAGAAGCUCAGAGAAGAAUGUCGAGCCAAAACUGAGCUAAUGGGAACUCUGAAAAAAGUUCAAGUUGAAUUAUCAGCAAAACUUCAAGAAGCGAAGUUGGAGAUUGAAAGACUAAACAAGGAAUUGUGUGCCAAGUCCAAAGAGAUUUUUGAGGUAAGGCAACUCUCUGACGAUGCCAAGACUAUCUUACAGGAAAAGGAGCUGCUUCUCCAGAACCUUAACUCUGCUAAUCAAAAGAUGAGAGUUGAUUACUCAGAUAAGAUUGUGAAAUUGGAGGGAGAAAAUAAAGGAUUACUUCGGGCUUUAGAUGAAGCAACGGGUAAAAUUUGUGAUCUGGAGAAAAAGGUUUCUGCCAGUGAGAAGGAAAUCUAUUCUCUCAAGCAAUCAUUAUCAGCCAAAAAGGACAAGUGUGUUGAAGCUCAGCUGAAUGUCCAGUCAUCAAGAGAACUCAAAGACGCAAAUAGGAUAAUCCAGAAGCUUGAGGAAGAAAAUAGGAUCUCUCAAGAACAGCUGAAGUGGAAGAACGAGCAGUUCACGCACCUCGAAGAUGCUCAUAGAAGACUUCAUGAGGAUUCCCAGGCACGUAAAGCUGAAUGGGGAAAUGAAAAAUCAGAACUGCUCAAAGAGAUCUCUUCCUUGCAAACAAGCUUAGAUUCCCAAAUUAGAAUCUCAAAAGAUCUUGAGACUGAGCUGAGGAUUUGUAAUCAAGCUUUAGCUCAUGAGGAAACCAAAAGAAAGGUUCUUGAAGUGAAAGUGUCCGAGUUGAGAUCUCAAUGUGAUGGAAUCUUGUUAGAGCACCAAGAAACAAAAUCGAAGCUUGAGAAUCUGACAUUCAAGAGGGACGAAGAAAUAGGAGAGCUUCGGAACAUGCUAAGAACAAAAGAAACUUUAUUCAAGGAAACAAAAUGCAGAUCUUCACAACUAGAGCAAGAGAAUCUGGAAUUACAUGCAUCUCUUAAGGAGCUUCAAGAGACAAUACGCAAUGAGGCCACUGCAAGAUCAUCUCUUAAAAAACUGCAAACCAGAUUUAACUCUCUGGAGAAGUUGCACAACAAGUGCUCCCUACAAUACAAUGAAAUGGAAGCUAAGUUGAGAUCUGACAUUGAGAAACUGACUCAAGCUAUGGAAGAAUGCACGUCUGAAUUGAAGGUUAAAAGCAAAGAAAUUGAGAGAUUGGAGAAGGACCUAGAGGGUUGCUAUUGCUCAAUGUAUGUUCAAAAGGAAUAUGUUUCCAUAUUACUCCUUGUGUUGAAGUCAGAAUUUCAUCAUGUAGCCUCCGGCAAGGAUAUCUCCACUGAAUUAGAGCCACACAACAAGGAGCAGGGCAAUCAACUUUUUCUUAAUGAGCAGUUGGAAUCGAGGGAAAAUCCAAAAGUUUAUGCUGAUCUAGAAGAGAAAUGCGAAGAAAUAAUUGACCCCACUGCAGAAAUCCAAAGUUUUAUAGAGGCAAUGGAAGAAUCACAUGAAGAUGCUCUCCAAGAAAGCAAAGACUCUUCUGAAGCUCUAGUGAAACCUAACGUUCAUUUGGCCAAGAGAACAACUGAACUCAGGGAUAGUGAACUUGAAGCACAGAAGUUUGAGUCUAUGGCAAGUUUUAUGAAAACAGACCUGAAAAAGAGCCAACCAGCUAAUGAUAAGGAAAAUGAGAGGCUUUUUGUCAUUACAAAAGAACAUGAUUCCAAGGUAAGUGAUAUGGAACAGAAGAUAUCAGAACUGGAGUCAAGAGCAGCGGAUGUGGAUACAUUACUGAAAGAAAACAAUCUGUUAAGGCAGGAAUUAUCCAAACUGAAAAAUGAGAAUGCAAAACCAGACGCUCUUCUGACUUUAGAGAAAGAGAAGCAGAAGCUUCUGGUGAUUCUGGAAGAGAAGGAUAAUAAAAUACAUAAUCUCACGGAGGAGGCAAAACAUUUAGGGAAAAAGUUAGCAAUUGCUGAAUCUGCAAUCACAGAAAAAGAUAACUUGCUUUAUGAAGCCUUGCAGAAGGCCGAGAGUUCGAAAGCUGUUGAGAUUGAGUUGAAAAACAAGGUCAUUGCUGAAUUGAAUGAGGAAACACAAAGACUGAAAAGUCAAUUUGGUAGGGAGCGGAAGAAACUGGAGGGUAGAAACCAGGAGCUUGAGUCCCAGAAAAAUGCUUUACUUCAUGAUAUAAUGAAACUGUUACAUGAACGGGAAGGCUUUUUAGUUCAGAUGAAUGGAAUAUGCACAAGACUUGGCGAGUCUUUGGAAGAUGUUGAACUUACUGAAAUUCUGGGGAGAAUGUUAACACAUUCUAAAGAUGAAGAUGAGGUUGAUAUGGACCAUAUCAGUACAGAUGAUAAUCAUACUAGCAGGAAAGCUAAAAAAAUGUUCUUACCCACUCAGAAAGGGUUUGAAGGACGCAUUGAUGAAAGAAUUCCUUUGAAGGAACUGAACCAUUAGUGUGCCUCCUUUUUCAGUGAGAGAAUGUUUUUACAGUGAACUAAAGCUUUCUUUCAGAACUUCGGUAGACGGUAGCUCAUCACAUGUCAUUCUGUUAUUGUGCCAUGAACAUUUGCUUUUUCCAUGGUUAUGAUAAAUUUAUCAAAGAGUUUUCUUUAAGAAGUGUUUUGAGUAUUGGAAAUGUUAGACACGAGUACCCAUUCUUUUUUCU